AUGGACGUCAAUUGCAACCGCGCAUCUAUCCUACGACUUCCUGAAGAGCUCUUAGACAACAUCGUCCAAGAAGCAUGCCGCAUUGACAACGAGACGACGUACGAUGAUGAGCUUUCGGACUACUGGGAAAACCGCCGAAAAUAUUGGGUAGAGCGUUCUCGCACGCCAGCCUCGCUCUGUCUCGUCUGUCGGCGGCUAAACCGCAUUGCCAUGCCGUAUCUAUACGCGCAUCUUGUCACGGGGGACACACGCGCAGUGGAUAUCGAGGCUAUGGUCCCUUCGCCGAAGUUCCUGCACCGCAGCUGCCGAAGGAAUCCUGGCCUGUGGCGACUAUGUCGGAGCCUGGCCGUGUACUAUGAUGGAUGUACCCAUCCCCCAGACCCGCUUGGUUAUGUUGCGAAUGAUCUGACGGUAUGGCUGAGGGAGACAAGGUCGUUCAGUUUCAGUUCGUCUUGGGAUGAUUCGGCGGACGCGUGGAGGGUUUGUCUACAAGGGAUGAGUAACUUUAAGCACCUCGAGGAGCUGUCUCUGAGGGCGACGCCUGCCAGUGGUAUAGACGUCACUCGACUGUUUGGUGCCCUCAAUGAGAUGCACUGCUCUAAACUGCGGACACUCGAGCUGGAUGGACUCUCGUCUUGCGAUGACGACGGGGGGAAGAAAAGACCCAGACUGGAACCAGGAACAGCCUCGUUGACGACCUUGAGGCUGCACAACUUCUUCGUAAAGCCUCCACUCCUUGAGGAGCUGAUGAGAUGGACACCAUCAUUGGAGCAUUUCCGCUUAGACACUACCUACCACGACUACUGCUAUAUUCCAUUUCACACAGGCCCCUGGAGCCUCGCCACGCUGCAGUCCAUACUUGCCAUCCACAGCACAACCCUACGCUCCAUCGACAUUUCCACCAUCGACUGCCCGGGCUUGUUGGGGUUUGAUAUGCGGCCGUUUGAGCGGUUGGAAGAACUACGCUUGACACAUUGCACCAUGUUUGGGACAGGCGAGAUCGCUGUGGUGAAUAGUCAGAAUAUCGCACUCCUGCUUGCCCCCAGGCUGCGCUUCCUCCACUUCGACCUGGUCUUUGACGACAAACUGGGCCGCAAAGAGUUGGACAGCUUUGGAGUCGCCGAGCAAAACUGGCUUCGUGUCUUUGGGCAGAUGGCGGUAGAACAUAACUGCCCGUUGCGAGAAAUCAAGAUUGAAUUCUGCCCUCGCCCUACUUUCCGCAGCGUCGAACAUUGUAAUAUGUGCAUUUAUCCCUGGGACCGCAUGGAUGCGCUGGGCCGCGAGCUGGCACCGGAGGGGAUCCAGGUGCGCUAUAACCCGCCGAAUCUUAGUCGAGAUGACUGGGCGGGUGCUCUAAAAACCCGCUGUGAUUGCGAGGGUCACAGGCUAUGCUUUGCGUGUAGUGGGAGACGAGAGGAUGUGACAGAAGUCCCGGUGUAUUAG